AUGAAUAGGUGGAUUGGCGAGAUCGACGAUGUGGUGAUCUGGAGCGACUGCGAGAUUGACAACGGUGUCUACGGGUUGGUGUUCUGGAUCGUCGUCUCGAUGGUGAGGAGCGCCGGCGUUGGUUGCGAUCUGGAUAUUCGUUCCAUGUGUUGGUGUCGGCGGGGUCAUUUUGUUGGUGACAUCGCAUUUCUAAGCGGACAUUGGUCCAAUGCGCGGCUUGGUGUAGGAAGGACUUGAUGUGAGGCCAAAAACGGGACCAUGGCCUGAGCAAUUGUGAGGAGGCGUUUCGUGGUUCGGCGGAUGCUGUGGUAUGGUCGUUGUGAAGCAGAUGUGGAGGACGUGUCGUCAGUGCGAAUGGAAGGAGAUCAUGGUGGUGUGGAGGAUUGUCUUCGUAAUGGUGGUCGACCAGGGCGACAUGUGGUUCCGCGGCGUGGAUUGGACGUGGAUGGAAUGUUGAGGGCCUCAGAGGAUGGAAUUUUGCCAAUUGGAGGUUUCACAAAUCAAGCACAAAAAAAUGAAGUUCUCGCAGCCGACGUUCGAGAUGAAGUGAAGUUUCUUCCGCGGAUUUCAUCUUGGCUUCAGGAAGAAGGAUCCGGUUUUGGAAGACUUGUUUGGAGUGUUGGCUAGGUGUGUUUUUAGGUAUUCAAUUUUGGUGUUCGUGGCUUGUUGUGUGGCAAAGGUGUGUGGGUUCU